AGCACUUCUCCACCCGCCACCCAGCAGAGAGGACGCCGCUCACGCAACCCGCCUUCCACUACACACAUAUGGCAAACACGGGCCUCUUUCUUUCUUUUAUUAUUGUCCCCACUACUCUUUAAAAAUUCCGCCGAAAAAGAGAAGACGAUUCCCCAAAACCUUUUGGCCGUUAUCUCACGGCUCCCCUGUCUCUGCAUUGGUGUAUGAACGGUACCCAGAGGACCUAGGGGCGGCUCUUUACCGGGAGAACUUUGACUUCAACGCCGAGCCCCCUUGGGAUCCUAGCUGAUAGUGGGACAGGUCCAUCUCCUGACUUGUCCAUUUUGUUGCAUACCGGCAGGACCCCAUUGGCUCAGUCGUGACCCCUUGACUUGUUUAUUUGUUCUAUAUGAUCGUCGGCUUUGUGGAAAACGGUUAAAAUGAAAGAGCUCGCAGACAAACCCAGCUACAUUAUUGAACUCCUGGAGGGAGGAUUUACCCUGGAAGAUGUUAUUGAUGGACACAUUAGUGAACAGUCUUUGGUGGAAAAGAGUGCAUUUGUGGUGGGUGACCUCGGUGCCCUGAUGCGCCAGCAUAUGUGCUGGCAAAGUGUCGUUCCACCGGUGCAGCCAUACUACCCAGUGAAGUGUAACAGCAGCCCUUUGGUCAUUGAGGUUCUUGCCUCCUUGGGCCUGGGUUUCAUUUGUGCCAACAAGAAUGAGGUGAGCCUUGUUCUGGAUCAUGGAGUGCCACCAGAAAACAUCAUUUUGUCAAGUGCUUUUAAGCAGCUGGCAGCCAUCAAGUAUGCCGCCAAGAACAACAUUCAGCAUCUUGUGUGUGAAAACGAGGUAGAGCUGUCAAAGAUUGCUCGCCUGCAUCCUGAUGCAAAGUUGCUGCUGCAGAUGACCACCGAAGCCCAUGCAGCUGAGACGAGCAUGGCCUUCGGCUCCUCUCUGAAAAGCUGUCGGCAUCUGCUGGAGAGGGCUAAGGAGCUGGGUCUCCAGGUUGUUGGAGCAGCCUUCCACAUCCCCAGCUCCUGCCACGACCUGCAGCAAGCCUACACCCAUGCACUGUCAGAUGCUCGCUGUGUGUUUGAUAUGGGGGCGGAUCUGGGAUUUAACAUGCAUAUCCUGGACAUUGGUGGUGGGUUCACUGGCUCAGAGUUUCAGCUCAAACAGGUUGAGUCUGCAAUCAGGCCACUGCUGGAUGCUUACUUCCCCCAGCGGGCAGGUAUGCAAGUGUUGGCCCAGCCUGGCAGCUUCUACAUGGCUUCAGCUUUCAGUCUGGCUGUAAAUGUCAUUGGCAAGAAGGUGGUGAACCGCCACUGGAACAGCUUAUCUCAAGGUGAGAAGAAUGAAGAUACCGAGUUCCUCUACUACAUGAAUGAAGGUGUUUAUGGUCCAUUCAGCCACAAGCUGCUGGGAAACCCCAUCGCUGGCCCAUCGGUGCACAAGCGUGUGUUGUGUGCUGACGAGGCCGUGUAUCCCAGCAGCCUGUGGGGCCCGUCUCUUGAUCAGCUGGACCAGGUGGUGGAGCACUGCCUGCUGCCAGAGCUGAGCGUGGGGGACUGGCUCCUGUUCUCCAACAUGGGGGCCUGCGGCCUGGACGAGUUCGGCUGCCUCUCCGGCUCCAGCCAGCUGCCAGUCUACUACGCCAUCUCCACCUCUGAUUGGUAUGAAAUGCAAGAGGCCGGUGUGGCACUGGACACUGCUAUGAAGAAUUUCUCCGUGCUCCAGUACAGUGCAUAACUACCCUCAGCCCCUGUCCUGUUUUGUAUUGCACAGAUCUUCCUUACCUCCUGCUUUCACUGUGUGAGAACAGAGGUCAGCUAGGUAUUUGGGACAAGGGGCUAAAUGUGGUCGACAUUCCAGCCACCUUGGGGAAAAAUGCAGUGUCCUACUAUUUUCUGGGGGAAAUGUGGUUGUUUAAUACCUCAAUUGUCUAAAUUUGCCUGGAAGAUGAUCUUAGUUUAGCCCUUUUCACAGGGGGACACAAUCUGUCAGAUCAAGGAGCUCUAGCCCUAAUUUAAAUGAUAUGCAACAAAAUGGAUGACUCUUAGGAGGAGAUGGGACCCCAAAAUGUUUGGAAAGGUUUUAUUUCCUAAAUCAAAUUCAGUUUAUGAAAUGUAUUUUUGAUUUAUUAUGUAAGAUCAAAUGGUUUCUAUUGAUUAACUGUUGACAGUCUUGUAAAUUCUGUCUGUCCAGCACUAUUUUUUUUGUUGUUUUUUUUUCUUGAAUCAUGUAAAGAAUAAAUGCCCUGUGGGGAUUCUGUGCUUCAGAACCAUCACUUUACAUUGUUUAAAUGAAAUAAUGUGAAGUUUGCAUCAUUUCAAUUCUCCUAAAUGUAUUUUUAUUUAUUGGAUUCAGAUAUUUCUGUGGCAUUUUAAAGCUCCAUCUUUACGAUUUGCCUAAGGAUUAUUCUGUGGCCCAUCUACCAGUGUUUCCUUGAUAACAUUGAUGUGGUGCUUCUUUUUUUUUUGUUUUGUUUUGUUUUUUUCCCCUCCCAUAAAACGCUACGUGAUUCUGUGUGCUGUAAGUGCCAUUUGUGAUCUCGGUGGUUUACAAUCGCCCGAAAAGCUCAAAAGAUAGACUUUCUGUAGCGAUUUCUCUUUUUGCCAAACUAGAGCUUGGGUGCACCAAAGCUGCAUGUUGACUCCUGGUUUGUGCAGCGAAAAGUCAGUGGCUUAAAAAUGCACAAAAUCUCUGAAGGUUUACCAAAAAAAAAGAAGAUAUUUUACAUAGCUGUCCUCAAUUUUCUGACACUGGUCAGCCAAAUGAUUGGUUUGAGAGGGAAAAAAGUCCACAUGUAUCUUUUAAAAACGACAGAUACUGCUGGCUUUACACAGACUCCGAGAUCUUGCAAAUGGUAAAUGACAUCCUACACCUGUCCUGGUGUCUUUCUGAAGUUAAGAGAGGCAUGAAGCACAGUCUCUUGUACAAAUUCCUGUUUGACAAUGUAAGCGGUGACAUGACUUAACACCAGUUUUUAAAGAAUCCUACCCUUGUGUUUUACAAGUGAGAUAUAACUUGUCUAAGGCACUAAUGGACCAUAGCCUGUUUUUUGACUGUAAAUUGUGCUUGUUAAAGUAAUGAAAGUGAUUAAUUUAAUACAUUUCUGACUGAAACAUU